AUUUCCUCAGCACUUAGCCAGGACCCAGCAAAGCCGCCUGAUCCCUUUUAUGAACAACAAAACCGUGAUGAAGGCAACAGGAGUCAGAAAACUAUUCACUGCAGGAAGCCCCAGUAUCCGGUGAGAUAUAAGAAGUACAACAGCACAGGAUGCGCCUUGGGUCAGGGGGACGUGGAAAGCCAUCAGCCUCUGUGUCCUUUCCUCUGCCAGAGCGACUGCUGCUGAGCCCUCAGCUCCCCUCCGAGCUCGGCUGGGGCCACCACUGUCACCGCCAGGCUUCCAGCCUCCCGCUGCGGGGGACACGGAGACCACGAUGGCCACCUCCACCAGGCUGCUGCUGCUGCUGCUCCUGGGCCAGCGGUGGCUGGGGGCCGGCGCUGAGAGGGAGGCUGCGGUCUGCGCAGGGACUGCCUGCUACACGGCCCACUGGAACAAGCUGAGUGCGGGCGAGGCCCAGAAUCAUUGCAGCAGGAACGGGGGCAACCUGGCCACGGUGAAGACUGAGGAGGAGGCCCGGCACGUCCAGCGAGCCCUGGCCCAGCUCCUACAGCUGGAGGCACCCCCAGCAGCUCGGACAGGCAAGUUCUGGAUCGGGCUCCAGCGAGAGAAGGGCAAGUGCUUGGACCCCAGCCUGCCGCUGAAGGGCUUCAGCUGGAUGGGCGGUGGGGAGAACACGUCUUACGCCAACUGGUACAAGGAGCUCAAGCACUCGUGCAUCUCCAAGCGCUGUGUGUCCCUGGUGCUGGACCUGUCCCUGACACCUCUCACCGGCCACCUCCCAAAGUGGGCUGAGGGCCCCUGUGGGAGCCCCAGCUCUCCUGGAAGCAACAUCGAGGGCUUUGUGUGCAAGUUCAGCUUCAAAGGCAUGUGCCGGCCCCUGGCCCUUGGGGGCCCAGGCCAUGUGAACUAUACCACCCCCUUCCAGGCCACCAGCUCCUCCCUGGACGCCGUGCCCUUCGCCUCCGUGGCCAACGUGGCCUGUGGGGACGGGCGCGAAAGUGGGCAUCAUUACUUCCUGUGCAAGGAGAAGGCCCCCGAUGUGUUCGACUGGGGCAGCUCGGGCCCCCUCUGUGUCAGCCCCAAAUACGGCUGCGACUUCAACAACGGGGGCUGCCAGCAGGACUGCUUUGAGGGGGGGGACGGCUCCUUCCGCUGCGGCUGCCGGCCGGGGUUCCGGCUGCUGGAUGACCUGGUGACCUGCGCCUCCCGGAACCCUUGCAGCUCCAGCCCGUGCGGAGGGGCAGCCACAUGCGUUCCUGGACCCCUUGGGAAAAACUACAUGUGCCGCUGCCCCCCAGGCUACCAGCUAGACUCGACUCAGCAGGACUGUGUGGAUGUGGACGAGUGCCAGGACUCCCCCUGCGCCCAGGAAUGUGUCAACACCCCUGGGGGCUUCCACUGCCAGUGCUGGGUGGGCUACGAGCCCGGGGGCGCCGGAGAAGGGGCCUGUCGGGACAUGGACGAGUGUGCCCCAGGCCGCUCACCCUGUGCCCAGGGCUGCACCAACACCGAUGGCUCGUUCUUCUGCUCCUGCGAGGAGGGCUAUGUCCUGGCUGGGGACGACGGCACCCAGUGCAAGGACGUGGACGAGUGUGAGGGCCGCGUUUGUGAUAGCUUGUGCUUCAACGUGCAGGGGUCCUUCCGCUGCGGCUGCCUGCCAGGCUGGGAACUGGCUCCUGAUGGAGUCUCCUGCACCAUGGGCGCUACGACCCUGGGACCACCAGCUGGGCCUCCUCAGGGCGAUGGCACGGGUGAUAAAGAGGGGAACCUUGUGCCUUCUGCCACAAUGUCCAGUCCAACCAGGGACCCUGAGGGCACCUCCAAGGUGGCUCCCACUGUGAGCAGACCCUCCCUCCCACCCGAUGCCCCCAUUACUCCUGCUCCACCCAAGACGCUGGCCCCCAGUGGGCCCCCUGGCGUCUGGAUGGAGCCCAGCACCCAUCACCCCUCAGCCACCACUGGCCAUAGGGAGUCCAUGGGUGGGGAUUUUGUGGCCAAACAAAGCGAUGAUGGCACCGACGGGCAAAAGCUGCUCUUGUUCUACAUCCUGGGCACUGUGGUGGCCAUCCUACUCUUGCUGGCUCUGGCUCUCGGGCUCCUGGUCUAUCGCAAACGGAGAGCAAAGAGGGAGGAGAUAAAGGAGAAAAAGCCCCAGAGUGCGACCGACAGCUACGCCUGGGUUCCCGAGCGAGCCGAGAGCAGGGCCAUGGAGAAUCAGUACAGGUAA